AUGCUGGAGCAGAAUUCCACCUCGGGUUUCGAAACGCCAAUGGUAGACUUCCUAUCAGGCUAUCUAGAAGACAGAGGUCUCACAGUUGAACUGCAACCGGUGCAAAACCCCAUUCUUGCGUACAACGUGCGGAGGCAGAACAUUCUUGCGUACAUCGGUUCCAACAGAACAUGCCGAUUGAUCCUCAACUCCCAUACAGACGUAGUUCCACCGUACUUUCCCCCAUCCGACAACGACACCGAUGUUUUUGGUCGAGGGGCCAACGACGCCAAAGGCUCGAUAGCCUGCCAAGUAACAGCAUUCCUUGAGCUCCGUGACGCAGGUGCAAUCCGCGAAGGCGAUGUCUGCUUGAUGUACGACGUUGGUGAAGAACAGUAUGGCGACGGGAUGCGAACAUUCGUCCAGUCGCUCACUUACAAACCUGAAUGGAUUCUUACGGGAGAGCCCACCGAGUCGUACCAGGCGACAGGCCAUAAGGGAUCUAUCAACAUUAACGUUACUGCUAUCGGCGACACUGCUCAUUCGUCGGUGCCACAGUACGGCCGCAAUGCGAUCCUGGAGAUCAUGAACUUUCUACCACGCUUGCUGGAAUUGACUAGUAUCUUUCCUUAUGAUGACUUUCACGGGAAUACGACCUUAUCCCUGUCUUCCAUCAAGGGUGGUACCAUCUCCAACCAGGUCGCAGAUCGUGCCGAGGCCACUGUCAAUUCCCGAGUCAGUGUUCCAGCCAAACAAAUCUGGGACAUCAUAACGCAGCAAGUGGGCAAUGUAUCGAAUAUUCUUCUUUCCCGGGUUUCUGCGUCUUCGAAUCCGUUGGCCAUGGAUGUCAUCCAAGACUGGCUUCCUAAGAAAAUCAUGCCGUAUGGCACAGACCUCGGAGCGUGGACUGUCAACAACACCAAGUUUUUGCUGGGUGUUGGCUCAAUCGCCACAGCACAUUCAGCGUAA